AUGGCCGCACCCAAGCCUGACGUGGGCGACAUUUUGCUCGUGAUCCACGACUUCCAGGCUCGCAGCUCCGACGAAUUGACCUUGGCCAAGGGCGACCGAGUUGAACUGAUUGAGAGGGAUGAUGAGUUCGGAGAUGGUUGGUUCCUUGGAAAACACCUGGUCAAUGGAAACAGCGGCCUGUUCCCUGAAGUCUACACCCGGCCCGCCCCCAAAGGCGUUCCUAACACGCCUGCAAUUGUAUCACCGACAAAGCAACUGCCUCUCCCGCCAGUCGAUGAAGGUGCAGCUGAUAAACCGCCGCCGACCACCACAGUGACAGAGGAGGUUCAAGCGACACCUACACCACCAGAACCUGUCCCACAGCCAGAGGCUACCCCGGCGCCAUUGCCUUUGAAUAAUUUCAAGUCCAAUUCGGUGUCGGGUGCCCCAGUCUCCAAAUUCUCUGCAGUUCCUAGCCCACCGGCCCCGACCGGCAGUAUUGGAGAUAUAUCACGCCUCAACACCAGCCAGGAUAGCCAAGUGCUGCACGAGACUCUGAACGUUAUUAACGAGCACAUCACCGACCUCCGAUCAGCACCCAGCAAUGGCGCUCUUCGAAACGCAAACGACUCGGGGAGCGAGUACAGUUCCCAUAUCGACCAUCGAAUGUCCUACAUCCAAGGUGAAGAGACGGAUGAGGAGGAAGAGGGUCUGCAUUCUAGAUCAGAGGUCCAGGCUUGGUCAUCGGAUCAAGUGGCGGAGUACUUGUUCACUGCUGGAGUCGAGAAACACCAUUGCGAGGUCUUCAGGGACCAGGAGAUUACAGGUGAAGUUAUUUUGGGCAUGGAUCAAACAUCUGUCUUCAUAAAGGCUUUCGACCUAGGUUCCGUCGGCAGGAGACUCAAAACUUGGCAGAAGAUCAAGGCUCUUCAGGAUGAGGUCAACGGGCAAGGGCCGUCGACACGUAGAACAACGCAGACUGGCGCGCCACCCACAACCACCCCGAAGCUGGCCACGAGCGGUACCUUCCCUCAACAACAGGAGACAACGACGCACAAGAAGCAACCGUCUUUUGAUAGGAACUGGACGCUUGGUAGUGCUUCGGCAUAUGCUCCGCGACCCUUGUCUUCAGCAGGUUUCCAAGAUAUCAUGGCCCAAUCCAACACCGGACUCCAGGAUUCUGCGGUUGAUCUUGAGCGUGGAUAUUUCUCAGGCACAGAGGUGGACGGCAGGAAGCGCAACGUGCUUAAGAAGCGUGAUAGCGCCCAGUCCCACACGAGAAAGACCAGCUAUGCGGAAGAGCAGAGAGUUAGGAGCGCAACUGCUUUAUCCCGCCAUUCUCGAUUUGGCAGCAUAGAUUCAGUGCGGCAGGAGGGUGUCUCGCCUGCGGCGCAAAAAUACUACGGUAUGGGAUCGAUGUCUAGUAUUCACCGUAGAACGGCGUCCACUAGCACCCACGAAUCCGCAAAACCACCGCCACUCGCAAAGGACGGCCCGUCGCCCACCGUUACCAAACUCGAAGAUGCCGUGACUGGUCAUGAACGAUCCAAGCUUGUCUCUCCUAUCGACUCUCCCAUGAAAGACUCACCACUGCAGUCUCCGUCCAGGACAGGAUCGAGCACGCCAUCAGCAGGGCCGAGCUUCGAGCUCGAUUCGCCCGAUGCCACCAAGAGCCCUAGCACUGCUGCUACUGUCACAAGCCGGGGCAGCAAGAAGAAGGGCAAGAAAGAAACGAGUGCUUACCAGCGCGGGCUUCUCAAGAUCUCACCUCGUGAGGCAAUCACUGAUGCCGACUAUAGUGGGUGGAUGAAGAAGAAGAGCUCGAACCUAAUGACGACGUGGAAGCCAAGGCUUUUUGUCUUGAAGGGCAGACGACUAGCUUACUACUAUUCCGAAGAUGAUGACCAAGAGAAGGGCCUGAUCGAUAUUUCGUUCCACCGAGUCCUGCCUGCAGAUAACGAGCGGUUGACAGGCCUCCACGCCACCAUCACAGGCGCGUCGAACACGCCGACCAUGCCGGCGGGUAGCCAUAUUCAGACCCUCGCUACUACCGAGGCUGAAAGGGAUACUACUGCCUCGUCCGACUCGAUCUUCAUCUUUAAAUUAGUGCCUCCCCGAGCUGGCCUGUCUCGCGCUGUCAACUUCACGAAACCUACUGUACACUACUUUGCCGUCCCGAACAUCAAGCAAGGCAGACUCUGGAUGGCGGCCCUCAUGAAGGCUACUAUUGACCGAGACGACAACCAGCCUAUUACCACGACGUAUCAACAAAAGACCAUCUCGCUAGCGAAGGCACGAGCCAUGCGUCAUCGUCCCCCUGCUUUGAUGAACCUGGAUGAGAAGGUCGAGGACGUGCCCGAGACAGAGAAUAAGGGAUCGAAGGAGAUGAACGGGCUGGGCAUCACCAUAGAUGAAGAGGACACAUUCGCAGGCCUUGAGAAGCUGGGCCUGACCAAGGUGGAGAGCGCUAGGGCUAGAGGAUUCCCCUUCGAGACGGAGAAGGAUGUCCUCCCUCAGAGUGCAUAA